AUGUCUCUCUCCAUUCAAUCCCGGUCUAUCUACCAUGGCCUCCCAGUCUUCCCAGGGGAGCUAAAGGGCCUCUCUGCCAUUGUAGCUGGCGCUAAUGGCAUUUCUGGUGACUAUAUGACUCUAUGGUCGCAGCUCCAAGUUCUUUGCGAGUCACCCGAACGCUGGACAAAGAUUUAUGCUCUCUCCCGGAGACCUCCGAAUAAAAGUUGGCCAGCGCACGUCAAGCAUAUUUCUCUGGACUUCAUGGAUUCUCCUGAGAAAAUUGCCGAGCAGCUUAGGCUGCAUGAGGUGAAAGCGGACUAUAUUUUCUUCUUUGCCUACAUUCAGCCGCCACCAAAAAAAGGCGGAAGUAUCUGGAGCGCUGUAGAGGAUCUCGUUCGUGUUAACGAACAGCUGCUGGUGAAUUUCUUAGAGGCACAGGCGUUGAACAAUUCGAUUCCGAAGCGCAUCCUUUUGCAAUUGGGUGCAAAAUACUAUGGCCUCCAUUUAGGCCCUGCAAAGCUUCCUCUAGAAGAAGCAGACCCACGAGUAUUUUUGGAACCAAACUUCUACUAUAAUCAAGAAGAUUAUUUAAAGGAAUUUGCGCAAAAACACAAUAUUGGAUGGAACACAACUCGUCCUGCGUUCAUUCCGGGAGCAGUCACUGAUGCAUCCAUGGACCUUUGCUUUGCAUUAGGAAUAUAUGCUACUGUCCAGAAAUACCUAAACCAGCCUCUAGCGUAUCCAGCGGGCUUCACAUCUUGGACGAACGUUCAAAACCUGUCCAGUGCAUCAACAAACUGCUACCUGGCGGAAUGGGCAGUUUUGACUGGAGCGGCUGAGAACCAGAGCUUCAACGCCAUUGAUGGCGCUCCGUUUACCUGGGAAAGAUUCUGGCCCCAGCUCGCCGAUCGGUUCGGAUUGGCCUGGACCGGACCGGACUUGAGUGAGAGUGCAAGUGCACAGUAUCAUGAUGUGGUAUUAUCGACUUAUGACCCUCCACCCCGUGGAUACGGGCCGCGAAGUAAGGCUCAGGUCAAGUUCACCUUAACGGAAUGGGCGAAACGUCCCGAGGUUGCAGAGGCUUGGAAGAAAAUUGCCAAAGACAAUGACCUACGAGACAAGGAGCUAAGAGACACAGACCGAAUUUUUGGAUUUAUUGAUCUGCUUCUUAUGCUUCCCUAUCCCGCUGUGUAUAGGUGA